AUGCAAUUCUCUCAAAUCACUGCUCUUUUCGUUCUCUGCGCUUUGCUCGGUCUUUCCUUUGCCGCACCAAUCGACUGCUCUGCCCACGGUAUUGAACGACGCCAAACUGAACAACAACUUCAAUCGGACACUGCACCUGUCACUAAUAAUGACGGCACGCUCUCAUUGUACAACCCGGCUGACAAAGGGACAGUAACUUCAAGGAAGUCAUUUUGUGUCGAGCUUGAAUAUACAGACGAAAUUCAGCAUGGAUGUGAGAGACAGAGGGAGAAGAGAGCAAAAAGAGAAUAA